GACCUGAUGGAGAAGGCGCGCGUGAGUCCAUCUACUUAAAUGGCGGCACCUCACAGCCGGGGUUGGUUGAACAAAAUGGCCACGUAUGGUGACGAGCCAUUCGACAGCUACUUCUACUCAUCUUAUAACCCGUACACGGGCAGAUAUCCCAGGGCUAAAGAGGCGGGCUGGAAAUAUAAAAGUUACUUGUCCCACUACAGCGACGCGUCCGACGCCUUCAACAACCAGCAGCGCGCCCAACUCAAGUCCAUCCUCUCCCAGAUCAACCCCAAGCUCACCCCGAGGCUCCGCAAGGCCAACACCAAGGAUGUGUCGGUGCAGGUGAACCCGAAGCGGGACGCCUCGGUGCAGUGCUCCAUCGGCCCGCGGACGCUCCUCUCCAUGAAGCGGGACUUCCGGCGCAUGGGUCAGCAGGAGCCCGCGGCGGCACCUGGCGGCGGCAGCCCCAGGGCGGCGGCCGGGGUCCGGUACCCCCGCACCCUCGCCGUGUACUCGCCCGUCGCCUACAGGAGCGUCACCUCCUUCCUGGUGGAUGAGAACAACAACAGCAGCGAGGCCUCCUGCGGUGAGCCGCCCGGGGAGCCGCCCGAGUCCGCGGCGGAGGGCGACGGCACCAAGAGCGAGCCGGGCCGGGAGGGGGAGGGCGGGAGGAAGGGCGAGGUCCCGGAGCAGCGUCAGAAGAUCCGACAGGUGAAGGGUGAGGAGGUGCAGACAGCUACUGAGGGGUCAAAGGUCAAGGCGAGGGUCCGGUUCCAGUUCCUGGAACAGAAGUAUGGAUAUUAUCACUGCAGAGGGUGUAACCUUCGUUGGGAGAGUGCCUACGUGUGGUGCGUUCAGGGCACCAACAAGGUUUACUUCAAGCAGUACUGUAGGAAAUGCCAAAAGGAGUUCAACCCGUAUCGCGUGGAGGACAUCACAUGUCACACCUGCAACAAAGCACGUUGCUGCUGUGCAUCAACACAGCGCCACGUCGACCCCAAGCGGCCCCACAGACAGGACUUGUGCGGCCGAUGCAAAGGCAAGCGUCUCUCCUGCGACAGCACGUUCAGCUUCAAGUACAUCAUCUGA